CCGAGCUGCUCACGGGUUCAUUGAAGUGUUAAGCACCUCCCCGUCUCUCUAAAGGACAUUAUAAUGCAAGAGACCCCCUUUUUAACCACACACCGAAUUUUCUUUCAUUUAGGCGAUCUAUAUAUAUCUUCUCGCCUAUAUCUUCUAUCCACAUCUAUUUUACAUAACUUCAGGCUGCUAAAAUUUGGGGGGGGGACCAGCCUUCGCCCUGGAGCGCUGCGCGAUGCUGUCUCACGCCGACCUCCUGGACGCCCGGCUCGGGAUGAAAGAUGCGGCCGAGCUGCUGGGCCACCGGGAGGCUGUGAAGUGCCGCCUGGGCGUCGGCGGCUCCGACCCGGGGGGGCACCCGGGGGACCUGGCUCCCAACUCGGACACGGUGGAAGGGGCCACGCUGCUGCCCGGGGACGACAUCACCACGGUGGGCUCCAACCCCAGCUCCUUAGCCGUCAGCGCCAAAGACCCCGACAAGCAGCAGGGGCAGCAGGGCGGGCAGAACCCCAGCCAGCCCGGACAGCAGCAGGGGCAGCAGAAGCAGAAGCGGCACCGGACCCGCUUCACCCCGGCGCAGCUCAACGAGCUGGAGCGGAGCUUCGCCAAGACCCACUACCCUGACAUCUUCAUGAGGGAGGAGCUGGCCCUCCGGAUUGGCCUCACCGAGUCCAGGGUGCAGGCCGCCAUGCCCGGCGUGUCGCAGCUGCCGCUGCCGCCGGCGCUGGGCCGGCAGCAGGCCAUGGCGCAGUCGCUGUCCCAGUGCAGCCUGGCGGCCGGGCCGCCGCCCAACUCCAUGGGCCUGUCCAACAGCCUGGCGGGCUCCAACGGCGCCGGCCUGCAGUCGCACCUCUACCAGCCCGCCUUCCCCGGCAUGGUGCCCGCCUCGCUGCCCGGGCCCAGCAACGUCACGGGCUCGCCGCAGCUCUGCAGCUCCCCGGACAGCAGCGACGUGUGGCGGGGCACCAGCAUCGCCUCGCUCCGCCGCAAGGCGCUGGAGCACACAGUGUCCAUGAGCUUCACCUAAUCGGCCCGCGCCGCCGCCCCCUCGCCCCCCACUCUACUUACCAGGGAGUCGACUCAGGAUCUGAAAUCAGACACCAAUGGACUGGUUCGUGGGCAGACACACACACACACACGUGCACACGCGCACACACAGACACACACGUGCACACACCCACCCCCGCGCACACACCCGCACACGCGCACCCAGGUCCGUGCUCCAGGAGCAGACACGACGCCUCGCGUCCUCACACCGCGCAGCAGAGGACUCAGGGGCAGCGGGGACCUCAUUUCACCCCUUCCCCCAUCUCCGAGGCUGUGCAG